GCAUUGUAGCGUUGCUCGAGUCGAGUCGUGAGCGUCCUGUCGCGCAUAUAUACUAUAUUAUACUAUACGUUUACGUGCGUUUCUGGCGUCUCGUUUCUGGUGCUUGCUCGCCCCUUAGCUCCGUUUCUUUCUAUUUCCUCAUCGCGAGCGAUUACACUCCCACGAGUGCCAUAUACGACGCAUCGUACGGCGAUGUCGUCCUCGGCGAAGUACACGUCGGACGAGCAGCUGAGCGAGUCCUGGGUGGAGCUGGUGCCGGACCCGCCGCUGGCGGCCCGGACAACGCCGACGCCGUUUAGCAUUACCGGCGAACGUGAAUACCUGCGACUUCUCAGGGAAGCACAGAGAGAUUCCACACAUUCAUCCGCGAAGCAUUCCCUGGCGUCUUCGCGCCGGGACACUCCGAGGGACAGCCCGAAGAGCCCGCCGAACAGCCCGAACACAGAACUCUCAACUGAAGAUGAGCUCAAAGGAGUCUAUAUAAAUUACGGCUGUAAUAAGGAGGGCGAGCUUCUUGAGAAGAACACAGACUGGAUUUACGAAUGGAGCUCUCGACCGGACCAGGCGCCUCCAAAAGACUGGAAGUUCAAACACCCUUUGGGUAGUAAGAGGAAAACAUACAGCAUCCGUACCGCGAAGGUUGGCAAGAACGGAUUGUUUUCCAAGGAGGUCAUUUAUACUCUAUUCUUCACGAAUCUUCUGUCUCUGCUCAUUGGAACCGGUCUAGGCGUUUUGCUCACCAGGCGAGGCUUGAUGAUGUCUCGUGUCGCUAUUGAAUGAAGGACACGAUUCCGGGUGUGUCAGCAUCAGGAUUGUCACGAUUGAAUCUACGCUGAGAGAAAGGCUAGAGACGCAAGAAAGACUGAACAAGCCGGUGGGCGAUCGAGCCUAAAAACAGUUACACGCAGCACAUAAUUUGAUUGUCCCGAUUUAUAAUAUUAGCACUUUGUAUUAUAUAUUAGCACUUUUAUUCCUCCAAACCCCCUUACUGUACGUACUUCGUGUACUUCUCAAAAAUUGUGUAUGCCAGAUAUAAAUAAUACGCAUUAUAUGCUUAGGAAAAGGGAAAGCUAAGAAAAAGAACGAAGAUAAAAGAAAAAAGAUAGAAGAAAGGAAUCUAUUAUAUAUAACAUAGAGUUGUUGAAAGGGACAAAAAAAAAAUGAACGAAACAUGUCCAUUUUAUACCGUUUCUAAUACGUUUCUAUCUGCAAUAGUUUUUAGGUAUAGCUUGAAUAGUAUUUAUCAGAAAUAAUUAUUGUUAGAAUGGAAAGAAUGGAGGCGAGAAUGAGAGCGAGAGCGAGCGAGAGAGAGAGAGAGAGAGAGAAACAGAAACAGAAACAGAAACAGAUGGAGUGUGUUUGUUGUACGGAGGUGAACAAGAUUUAUUGAUCGAAAAGGAUUUUAAUGAUAAGAACAAUCUUGAAAAUGCUGCAGAAUUCAUCUUGUUUAUACAAGUUAUAGGAAUCUUGUUGCAUUGUGGAUAAGCGAGAUGAUUUAAUGUUGUGAUUCGUUAUGGUAACAAGAAGGAAAUAUGCGUCAUAUCCAGUAAAUUCGAAACAGAAGAUUAAAUAUUACAUAAACAAUAAGGCGAUGUCGAUCGAUUCUUUUUUUUAUCGUGCGGUAAUUGUAAUGAUUGUCAUCUCGGUGGUGAUUUAAACGGUAACGAUAGUAAAGUUCCUACGGAGGAAGUACCGAUGCUGACGCCCACCGUCUCGACGCCGACUACGAGCAGUAGCCGGAGGGAGGGACCACAUAUGCGAGCAGACUUGUUUGCGAACGAUGAGAAAUUUUUUGAAGUGGAGCUUUUGUACGAUGUCUUAAUCUGCAGUUUUGUAAUUUCCUUAUAAUAAAUUCACAUACGAAUUUCACACGCUAACAAAAUGUGUUUUGUCGUCUACGUCUUCGAUUUAAAGCGUUUGGCCUGUUCGUGACCCAUCGAAUGUAUUUCCGCGUUUUCAGUACAUGAGAUCUCGAGAAGACGAACAAACGGUCGAAACCCAACUUUUAAAGAACUUGCAAGAAUCUUGUAAGAUUCCUAUAAGAUUCUUGCAAGAAUAGAUUUUAACAAAAUUAAGAAAAAAAAAUUUUGCACGUCUUUUCAUAUUCUCGAAGAAUUAAAUCACUAUUUAUUGAAUCGAUUUGGAACUGAUGAAUUUUAUUUUUGUAAAUAAAUAUUUAAUGCUUCGUGAUUACCGAUCGUAUCUGUGAGCAUAUGUUACAGAAACGAUAUUUUUUAUCUUGCGUGUGCUUCGAGAAGGCUCGAGUUCGUAUAUAAAACGUUUGCGUGUAAAACGCAAGGUACGUGCGUGAUACACGCGUAACUUUUUUCCAGCAACAAGAAUUUAUGAACGCUCUCGCGCUUAUGAUUUUGUACUUUAUAAGAAAGUUCGAGUGAUUUAGGAAUUACUCAAGUAGUUUGUCAGAAAUAUGCACAAGCGACAUUGCGACAUAAUCUUUUGAGUUUUGAGUUCAGAAAAAAAUAUCAAUUUAAUGUGACAGAUUAAAAAGUCACACUUUUUAGUGAUUUAGAUAAGCCAUAUUCAUACGUUCAGAUAAAAUUAAAUGCACUAGAAAUUA